AUGGCAGCGGGACAGUUGAUUGGAACAAUACCGGAGUUUUUCGUCAAUAUAGACGACUGGAAUGUGUACUACGAACGGUUGGAGCAGUUCUUCGAGGUUAAUGAAAUUGUGCCGGAAAAGCGCAGCGCAUUCCUGAUCAGUUGCAUCGGCAGCCAUGCAUACAAGAGUCUGCGAGAUCUGUGCCAUCCAUCGCUGCCCAAGGACCGGCCGUUCGAGGAGCUCUGUGAGCUGCUACGCAAACAGUUCAGCCCCCAAGUGGCAAUCUUCCGCGAGCGGACAUUGUUUUACAACGCCACACAGAGCGUCGGGGAGAACGUGACUCAAUGGUACGGACGGCUGAAGAAACUUUCGGUGGACUGUAAGUUCGGUUCCAACCUGGAAGCAAUCCUGCUGGAUAAAUUCAUUACGGGAUUGCGGCCGGGCCAGGUGUUGGAUCGGUUGUGUGAGGAGAAUGAAACGAUUCGACUUGAGCAGGCGCUCGAUAUUGCUGUGAACAAGGAGUGUGCCGUACGGGAAACGGCCUAUCUAAAUCCGGUCGCAAACUUUCCUGCUCCUGGCGCCUGUGGACGAUGUAAUUGCGGUGGAGCGGGCGUCGCACCGAGCGAGGAUGGUUCGCAUUGUGGUGAACAGGGUAAGGGACGCAGUCAAGGACGCAAUCGGAACCGUCGAAGAAAUGCGCGACGCAAUGCCGACAAGAAUGAGGACGAAAAUCAGUCCCGGGCUGGAGAUUAG